AUGACACAGAGCGCCAGCCUGCCUCACGAGAUCCGCCACAACGCCCUCCUCCAACUUCUUGCCAACUCGUUGGUCUUAAACCAUACCACUCCCUACUUGUCUUCCUACGAUGUCUUGAAUCUAGCUGCCACCUCGCGUACCUUCCGAUAUAUCCUCUACUCCACGCCUCACCUCUUCAGUCGUUUGGACCUUACUACUGUCAGGAAGGCACAGUACAUCGGGGACAAAUCUCCUCGCGGUGGCGAGCCAGACGGAGACCAGACGGAAGACGACGUCUACUCGGGCCACCUUCGUUGUAUCUUCGCUAGUCUUCGGAGUCUAGACAUCCUCCGACAUGUCCAAGUCCUUUGCCUCGACGGACUCUCCGUCACCUCCGAGCUAGUCCACGAAAUCAUCAGCGACCCGACAUACUCGAUUAAGAUACUCUCGAUCCGUCAUGUGGCGAACAUGAACGAAGCAAAGCUGCGUGCCACCCUGCAGUAUGCGUGCCGACCAUCCAGACCCGAGGGAACCCCGCGCUUGAAGGGCCUCUACGUUUUUGGGCCCAAGGAUUCGGCACGUCCUGCUUUGACCAGUUCGGGAGCUUCUACUCCGACCUCGACAUGCCCAUCAAUUUUGUGGGAUGCCGGUGCUGGUGGAGCUGACCAAGAGCCAGAGGCGUGGUAUGCUAAGCGCGGUGCUCAGUUCCCAGUCCUAAGUGGAAACACUCAGCAAUGGGCGGCCUGGGCGUCCACGCUGGUCGCAUGCCACGGCAUCAUCGCCUUCGACGCCGUCCUCUGCACUGGCCCCAGACACAUGAACUCUCGCGCGUGGGGAACAGUGGACAUCGAGGCGCUGAAUGCCGCAGGCAACCCAGCAUCGAAAGACGUUCCUAUCCACGCUAUCGCCACGCACAGUCUGGGUGGUUGUGCCGGCUGUGGCUCAGCUCCCGAGGGAUGGACGAUCUGGGGCGAGGAACCGCCAACAGAGCGUGAUCCCUACGAGAGGAGGGCAAGCGAAGGUGGCACGAUGACAACGGAUAUCGGCCGGUUUCCCUUGCUCGCCCCGCCGCCGAUGCACUCGGUCAGCCUGAAGUCUGCCAUGUGUCCGACGGGCCAGUCGGUCUAUACCCGUCUUUCCCAGUUCAGGAGUAAGGGCGAACAGGCCCGCUUCAUCCCGCGCUGCUAUGACUGCAUCCGUGACCGGUACUGCAAUCGCUGCAACAAGUGGUGGUGCGAGACCUGCUAUGUUGGGCCUUGGGCAUCGGUUCCUAAUGGCGAAGCUUCGCGGGCUAAGAUGGCUGAUCUUGCUCGUGUACACAAGAGUUGCUGGGAGUGCGGCAUGAAUUGCCGUGAUUGCAUCAACGACACUCAACGCAUGUGCAACCGUUGCGGCGGAGGCUACUGUCUCAUUCAUAAUGAGGGCUCGAACCAUGUUACUUGCGACUGGUGUUCUGCAAGAGGCAGGGCCGGCGUUAGACAUCCUGAGCUCUAUUAG